ACUUGUGAUGAUAAACGUGUGUUUAAUACAUUCUAUAUAUUUUCAAUUCUAUUUUAAAAAUUAAGUAACAAAAAUAUUUAAGGGUUAAGGAAAGUUAAGUUUAAAGAGACUAAUUUGGAAUAAAAUAUUAGAAUAUGGGUGUUCUAAUGUAUAGUUCAAUGAAUAAAUACUAACCUUUUUGACAUUAGACGCGCGUGUCCGUAAUAUCCGCAUCAGUCCGCGUGUGGCGCAUGUCGACUACAUGACUAAAAUUCGCAUGAUGCUGACUACCAAGUCGAAGUUGAGGAUACUAGCGCUUCAUGGAUAUAUGCAGUCAGACGUGGUCUUCAGCGCUAAAUUAGGUUCAUUGAGAAAAGGAUUUAAAAAGGAAAUAGAUUUUACAUUUGUACGAGCACCGCAUAAGGUCCCGCCCCAAAUUGGGACCGGUCGACGAGAGGAUACAGAUGAAAAUGGAUAUGGAUGGUGGUUUAAUACAGAGGAUCAUGUGUUUAAAGCCACAAUACCUAGCAAUUUAUGUGUAGGAUUCGAUGACAGUUUAGCUCUGAUUGAAAAGGUAUUCUUAGAGCAAGGUCCUUUCGAUGGCAUACUGGGUUUUUCACAAGGAGCUGCUUUUGUCUAUAUACUAUGUGCUAUGAAGCAAAAGAAAAUGCUGCAAAUUGAAUUUGAUUUUGCUAUUAUGAUAUCUGGGUUUAAAUCACUGUGUGCACCUCAUGCAAAGUAUUACGAUGAAAAAAUUGAUAUACCUUCUUUGCACAUUUAUGGAGAAAAUGAUCAAGUUAUUCCAACAAUAAUGGCAGAGCAGAUCAGUUGUCUCUUCUCAAAUAAGAAAGAGAUAAGGCACGAAGGUGGUCAUUAUGUGCCCAGUAAAAAAGAUAUUUAUAGGGAUUUUGUAUUGGAAAUGCUUAGCAAAUAUAAGAACUUAAGUAGUUAACAAUGGUCUUGUUUUAUUAUUGAAUUUUAUUCUGCUGGUCCAGCAUGCAAAUCUAUUGAAAUUUAAACGUGUACAUGAAUAAUAAUAUAAACAGAUGCCAGAAGAAUUGUUUAAUUAUUAAAUAAUGUAAAAUACGUAAUCAUGUACAUAUUUUUUGUUUGCUUUCACAUGGUAUGACAUUACUUGUGUAUAGAUUGUUACAAGUCUUAAUGUAACAUACAGUUAAUGGUGUUUGUCAUUAGUUAUAAAACUGUUAUAAGUUAGACAAUAAUUAAUAGGAUACAAUAUUAUAUAACUAAAAAUUAUUAAUUAUAGAGCAUUAUAUUUUACAUUUAUGAUUGCAUAUUGUAUAAUAGCUCAGAUCCAGUUUGCUUUGUAUGCCCAUACAAUGUGACUAUCAAUUAAACUUGUAAUUUAAAUAUU